AAUCACAGCCCUGCAGUUCCAGCAGCCAAUGGAGUUCUGCAAAGCGUCCUAAGCUGACGUCACCCCCGGUGUACUCAACCGGCAGGAUUGAAGAGAGAAUUAGAGUUGCGGUCACUUUAAUGUUGCUGUCUGAGUGACUUUAGUACUCUCCGGUUGGCACAAAUACAACAAACGCCAUGACUUUCGAUGUGAGGAGGCUUGACGUCUACAGGAAGGUGCCUAAAGACCUGACCCAGCCAACCUACACUGGAGCCUUCAUUUCCAUUUGCUGUUGCCUUUUCAUGCUCUUUCUCUUCCUGUCCGAGCUCACUGGGUUUAUAGCCACAGAACUAGUAAAUGAACUUUAUGUGGAUGACCCAGAUAAGGACAGUGGAGGGAAGAUUGAUGUGAGUUUAAACAUCAGUUUGCCCAACUUGAACUGUGAUCUUGUCGGGUUAGAUAUUCAGGAUGAGAUGGGCAGACACGAGGUGGGUCACAUCGACAACUCCAUGAAGAUCCCUCUCAACAACGGCUAUGGCUGCAGGUUCGAAGGAAAGUUCAGUGUAAACAAGGUACCAGGUAACUUCCACGUAUCGACCCACAGUGCUACGGCUCAGCCACAGAACCCUGACAUGACCCACGUCAUUCACAAACUCACCUUUGGAGAGAAACUGCAGGUGCACACUAUUCAUGGAGCCUUCAAUGCCUUAGCAGGAUCCGACAGACUGGCAUCCAACCCACUUGCAUCCCACGACUACAUCUUAAAGAUAGUGCCCACUGUGUAUGAAGACAUGGCCGGCAAACACAGGUUCUCUUAUCAGUACACAGUGGCCAAUAAGGAAUACGUGGCCUACAGUCACACAGGCCGCAUCAUCCCGGCUAUCUGGUUCCGCUAUGACCUGAGCCCCAUCACUGUGAAGUACACAGAGAGACGGCAGCCGCUGUACCGCUUCAUCACCACGAUCUGUGCCAUCAUUGGAGGCACCUUCACUGUGGCCGGCAUUAUCGACUCCUGCAUCUUCACUGCCUCUGAGGCCUGGAAGAAGAUCCAACUCGGAAAAAUGUCAUGAGCAUGCAGCGCCGCACCUGUCCUGCAGGGGGCAGGAGAGGCCCACAAACUCAUCACGGAGAGAUUCAUUUUUAUUAUUUAUACGUCGUGGGGACCGAAACGCACCAGUUUCCAAAACAUGUACAAUUCGAUUUUCUAUUCCCAAUGCAAAAAAAAAAAAGAUUAAUAGAAGAGUUUUUUUUGUUUUUGUUUUGUUUUUUAAAGUCCUUUGUAUCUCGUCUCUUCAGUGUGUUUCAAUGUCAGUCUCUCAGAGUUUGCAGAAAUAGGUCCCAGCUCACCCUCAACUCACUUGCAGAAGCCACUUUGAACAGGUCAAGAGGUCCGGGAAAGAAGCCAACUGCAGAAAAAUAUCCAACAGCCUGCCUCUGUGUUUGGAGACCAGGAGCGAGCUGCAUGUACAGGGCUUGGACAAAACAUUGGAAACACCUUGCGAUAUGUAGCACACCCCUAAAGUAUUGAUUGUAUACGCUGUUCAGAAAAAAUUUGGCUGUUCAAUUUGGCUUCAAAUCUCACCCCCCCAGCUUCCCUGAAAGAAAAAGUAAACCUGGAAAAAUGGCCAUGUGCUUCCUCCAAAGCAGCUGAAAUACUCCCUCGUGUUAAAGCAGUGGUGUCCUGGGAGCCCAUGGUAUGUGUUUUCUAAUUUGUAGUCCAGCCCCUGUAAUGUCCUGCAUAGUGGCAGCAUGGAGGAUUCAUGGCAUUCCCAGCAGAAAUGCUACUAAUGCUGUUUCCACAUACCUUGAACAAAAGUAUUUGGGUGUCAACUAAUCCUGUUCCAAUUAUAGGUUGACAUUAAUUUGUUUUUCGAGUGUUUGGACUUGGUAUCCAUGGAGGUGCAAGUAGAAAAAGUCAUGAACUUUGUUUCUUUUUGUGGAAGGAGGUGUGGUCAUAGGUUUUAGAGGACAUGUACUGCUGGGUGGACACCCAUACACAGUCCCCAGAAGACAAGCUCUGGAAUUGAACGUCGGGAGGGAGGGAGGCUAACUCUUCUCAUGUUUCCAUCAAGGUGUUUCGUAUGUUGUCCGCUUGGCAGAAGAUCAAUGGGAGAGACAGGAGUCAUUCUUUUCAGCACGAGUGUGCCAACAACUGUAUUUCAGUUUGGAGGUUUGUCGAUGGGGAACCCCUGAGAUAUUUCUUUCCCCAACCACUGGCCUCUCUCUCUCUCUCUCUCUCACACUCACACACACACACACACACACACACACACACACACUCACUCACUCUCGCAGCUUCAUUUGUCAGCUAUCAUCUCAUCUAUUAGAAGAUCAUUUGUAUCUUGCAUAUUAAGCUGCUGUUCACUAUGUGGACCCUGUGAAGCAGCUUGGCUGCAACCCAUUAGAAACGGGGUGGGACCCCCCUAACUGCAACAUACAUACAUACAUACAUACAUACAUACAUACAUACAUACAUACAUAGAUACAUACGCCUGCAUACACCAUGGGAGAGGAAAGUGUGAGGAACUAUAAUAUUUAAUGUUUGUGGGCAUAUAAAGGGUAUUCUAGUAUGUAGUUAUGAAUGCACCAUACCAGUUUAUUUAGAGUGGGCUAGUGCCCUCAUUUAUAUAGCUAGAGAUCUCAAGCAUUCCUUGCCAAAGUCUUCAUGUAAACGCUAUGCAGCACAUGCAUUGUAAAACCUUCUCGGGCCCUUUUUCAAAGCUGAAUGCCACUGCUGUAAUACACACUACAGCUACGGAAGGUACAGUUUGUGGAGCCCCAGCAGACUUUACUUUGGCAGCGUUUAAAAGGUCACCAUGAAGAAUAGUCUGGUCUGCUUUUGUCUUGGUCGUUGCGUGCAAGUUGAAUGCUGCUCUUGAAACCAUGUUGAUUUACCAGGGAUAUAUAGACCCAGAACCAGCUGCCUAUGUGUGUGAGCAGCAUUUCAUUAGAAGUGUUAAAAGGAAUUGAAAUGCAGUUUGGAGGAGCCGGGCUGAUGUACUAAUCGAGCACUCAUGUUGGCUGAUUUCUCUCUGACUCGCUCUUCUGACUUCACUUCCAAGAUCAGUACAGGUUUCAGUUCCUACCUAUACUGUAGAACAAGCGAGAUGGCCUUAGACUUGAAAUAACAAGACGUGAGUCAUCCCUCUUGCCAACUCAGUUGAGUUAUUUGCACAGAUUGUAACACUGCGCAACCCUACAGCUUUGCGACUGUUUUUACAGUUUAACUGGAGUCUCUCCUCUCGCUGUUGAUCAAAGCGAGCACACGAAUUCCGCACCAACGCAGUUGUAAAGAAAAUAAGAAAUGAAGGACAUGUUAUGAACUGAUGGCCCCUUGCCCCUUUUCUCCCCAUUUAAACUGCUUUGCUACUGAAGUUAUUUUUAUAUAUAGAAGUUUUUUUUUUUUUCCUCUGAGGUUUGUACCAUAAAUAAAUCUAAUGUACUCCACUGUGUUGCUCUGUGCUGACUCGCUCAGGUGCAAUCUGACUGCAUUGUCUUGAUACCUGGAGUUUUUGUAAUUCUGUUAUAAAUGUGUCUUCUGUGUUUGUGAGGGGAGGGGGGGAAAAAAUAACAAUAAUUUUGAACUGGUA